AUGCCAAAGUACACCGUAGACCAAUUGCUUGAAAGCAGAGAACUCGCUCACAACCCCAAGCCGGAUGUGUUGGACGCCUUCCACAAAAUGGUCGACGCCAUUGCCGAGCAUGUGGAGAGAAAAGUCAAGGUUGUUCACGGUGACUCCUACAUCGAUGAGAACGGAAACGAGAGAGCAUACUCGCACUUGAACAGAAGAAGAUUGUCGCGUCUGAGCAACACUCCACGUCCCAACUUGCGCAAGAAGUCUGAGCCUACUGUGGACCAAGAUGGUUGGGCUACCUUCGUUAAACCAAAGAAGUCCUUUGGUGCUGAGGAGGGUGAGAAUGACAAGAUCAAGUUCCGUGAGCUGCUCAAGGAUACCGCUGUGAAGGUGAGACCCAACAACAAGAACUUGGGCUCGUCCAAGGCUGUGGAUCCUAGGGACGCUAUUGCUGACAAGCACACCAACACAUUCAAUGCUUUCGAGGCUUUGGGUGACGAUGAUGAUUAA